AUGCCUCUGCUGGAGACCGGCAAGUACUUGCAGGGCUCAGUCCUCGGCAGCGUGAAUCACGACCUCGCCAGCGAGAGGCAAACAGCCUCCUUCAGCGUGGAAAAGCUCACAGCCUGGCUGGACGGCGGUGCGGAGCACACUCGGAUACGGAGGGCAGUGGUCGAAGCUAUCGAAUGUGACCCUGUAUUUAGCAGAGAAAAUCAGUAUUUCCAGAGCCAGAAUGAGAGGUACGAAGCAGCAGUCAGAAAGGCUGUUCAUCUCCAGAAAAAGAUGCACGAGAUGGGAUGGACUGAGAAUGGACCUGAAUUUAAGUACAUUUACAGGGCACUGUCAGGAGACGUCGCGUUUCUCCUUCACCGCAUCUUCAUGAGAAGUAUUUCAGUGCUGGGCUCCGACAAACAGAUCGCCAAAUGGAUUCCUCUCGCCAGCCAGUAUCAGCUCAUUGGAAGCUAUGCCCAGACUGAACUGGGGCACGGAACUUAUCUUCAGGGUUUGGAAACAACAGCAGUCUUUGAUAACGCUACUCAGGAGUUUAUACUGAACACACCAAAGAUCUCUGCCAUGAAGUGGUGGCCUGGAGACAUGGGAAGGUCAGCGACCCACACGGUGGUCUUUGCUCAGCUGUACGUCCACGGGAAGUGCUACGGCGUGCAUCCCUUCAUCGUGCAGAUACGCAGCCUUCAGGACCAUUCACUCUGCCCAGGCAUAAUUGCAGGAGACAUCGGUCCCAAAAUGAGUUUUGAGCACAUUGACAACGGCUACCUCAUGCUGCAGAAUGUGCGCGUCCCCAGGGAGAACAUGCUGAACAAGUUUUGUGAGGUUCAACCAGAUGGCACCUACGUAAGACUGGGAUCGCAGCAGAUUAAUUAUUUCACAAUGACUACAGUGCGCAUUUCCCUCAUUUCCGACGAAGCUGUAAUACCUCUAAUGAAAGCGUGCACCAUUGCCAUCCGAUACUCUGUGGUUCGCCGGCAGUCCAAGUUAAAGCCUGGGGAACAAGAAGCAAAAAUCCUCGACUACCAGACUCAGCAAGAGAAAUUGCUGCCCCAGUUGGCAGCAGCUUAUGCCUUUCAUUUCAUCAACGACUACCUGCAGGAGCUAUUUGAGAAGGGGUACAGAGAGGUCCAGAGGAAGAACUUCGACACGCUGCCAGAGCUCCAUGCAUUUUCUUCUGGCUUUAAAGCCAUGGUUACUCAGUACUGCACCUCAGCAGUGGAGAUCUGCCUCCGGGCAUGCGGGGGACACGGUUACUCCUUGCUGAGCGGACUCCCUUCCUUGUAUACUAAAAUACUUGCCUCUUGUAUUUAUGAAGGGGAAAACACCAUUUUGCUCCUGCAAGCUGCCAGGUUCCUGAAUAAGUGCUUCAUGGCAGCCAGCGCUGGCCAGCCUGUUCCACCGUCUGUCACUUACCUGGCUGCAGUGAAACACGGGAAGUGUCCAGCCAAGACCAAGGUGGAUUUUCUCAGUCCAGAUAUUUACACUGAGGCCUAUCAACACAUGGCAGUCAGACUCGUAAGCAGCACAGCAGCUAAACUACAGGACUUGAUUCAGUCUGGAGUCAAAAAGCACGACGCGUGGAACCAGUGCACAGUGCAGCUGGUGCAGGCUGCCAAGGCUCACUGCCACUACAUCACAGUGAAAAACUUUGCAGAAACUGUGGAAAAACUCAAGACCGAGGCUGGCAUCCAGAAGAUUAUGAAACAUCUUUGUGACCUCUUUGCAUUACACGGGAUCUUCUCAAAUGCAGGAGUCUUCUUGCAUGACGGAUACCUAUCUGGAGCUCAAAUGGACAUGGUCACAGCAUCAUACCUGGACCUCCUGGCUGUCAUUCGGAAGGAUGCUGUUCCGCUAGUGGAUGCUUUUGACUUCACAGAUAAGAACCUGAAUUCUGCGCUUGGCAGUUACGACGGACAGGUUUACCAACGGCUUUACGAGUGGGCUCAGAAGUCACCCACCAACAUGCAGGUGAGCCCAGCCUAUGAGAGGUAUUUGAAGCCACUUCUUCACAACACGCGAUCAAAAAUAUGA